UAAUUCAACUCUUACAAAACCAAAACAUUCACCAAUUCUAUUCAUAUCUUCUUCUUCACCAUUUUUCUAUCUGCCUCUCAAAACAAUGAUCGAUAUGUUUCUAUCCUCCACAAAAUCUAUGUUCUAUAUAAUCAUCAUAUGGAUGCUUUUUGUGAUCCCAUCUUGUGUUUUCUCAGCUAAUGAGCUUCACGGACUCUGCAGACAACCGUCUAGCUGCGGCAAUCUAAAUCUCUUGUAUCCUUUCUGGACAUCUGGCAGAGAAGACUGUGGCCACCCUGAGUUCAGAGUCAACUGUAGUGAUGGAAUCGCAGAGCUAAGCAUCACCGCCGUGAAGUAUAGAAUCUUAGAGGCGAACUAUGACUCUGGUGUCAUACGACUGGCAAGAUCGGAUUUUAUCGGUGGUCUUUGUCCUAAAGAUCUUCUUAAUGCGACCUUCGACGAAAGCAUUCUUCCACUUUCUCCUACCACUGAGUUUCUAACAAUCUAUCACAACUGCCGCCAAGCUUUUCCACAGUAUGUUUCUUCUUUUGUUGGAGAUCUUCCUUGUGGAGAUGGUGAUGCUGAUGAUGAUGACACAAUAAGUUACUAUGUGACAAGAAAUCUCUUGUCCCCUCAACUUGUCGGGAUUAGAAGUCAGUUAGAAGAGUUUGGGUCAUCUUGCACAAGCGUAAGUAUUCGUGUAUCAGCAGGGCCUUUGCUGAACACACUACAGAACAAUCGGACUCAAGAAAAUCUGCAGAAAGCUCUUGCAGAGGGUUUCCAGCUUGGACUUAACCAAGAAUGUUCGAGGUGCUUAGACUCUAAGGGUGCUUGUGGAUUUAAUCAAAACUCAGGUGGAUUUGUCUGUUAUUGUAUAGAUGAGCCAAAUAACCGUACUUGCAGUUCUAGAAAAAAGGGCAUCUCUUCUGGAGCACUAGCAGGCAUUGUGGUUGCUUGUGUAUUGCUGGUGGCCGUUCUUAUAGCCGUAGGUUUGUUCUGUCUCAUCACCCGGAGAAAGAAGAUACAUGCAGCUCAACACGUGAACAAAGGCUUGCCAAUAACGUCAUCUUCAAGCGUAGGAACAUCAAGCUAUCCAACUUCCACAACAAUCUCAAGCAGCAGCAAUCACUCUCUUCUCCCCUCAAUCUCUUACAUCACAAACGCAAGCACCUACUUUGGAGUUCAAGUUUUCACCUACGAAGAACUCGAGGAAGCCACUGAAAAUUUCUCUAGAGAGCUCGGAAACGGCGGGUUCGGUACAGUCUACUACGGCGUGUUGAAAGAUGGACGAUCUGUAGCAGUCAAACGACUAUACGAGAGGUCCCUAAAACGCGUUGAACAGUUCAAGAACGAGAUCGACAUCUUGAAAUCGUUGAAACAUACUAACCUCGUGAUUCUCUAUGGAUGCACGUCGAGACACAGCACAGAGCUUUUGCUCGUCUACGAGUAUAUCUCAAAUGGAACUCUUGCCGAUCAUCUUCACGGAGAUCGUGCUGAAGCUCGUCCUCUUUGUUGGCCAAUUCGUCUAAAUAUUGCCAUCGAAACCGCAAGUGCUUUAUCCUUCCUCCACAAAUCAGGGAUCAUACAUAGGGACGUAAAGACAACAAAUAUUCUUCUCGACGACAACUCCACGGUGAAAGUAGCUGAUUUCGGACUCUCACGGUUGUUUUCCACAGACCAAACUCACGUCUCCACGGCGCCGCAAGGCACUCCAGGAUAUGUAGAUCCGGAGUAUUACCAAUGCUACCGUCUAAACGAGAAGAGCGACGUUUACAGCUUCGGAGUCGUACUCGCUGAACUCAUCUCUUCCAAAGAAGCCGUCGAUAUCACAAGACAUCGCCACGAUAUCAACUUAGCCAACAUGGCAGUUUCCAAGAUCCAGAACAACGCGGUGCAUGAGCUCGUCGAUCCGAGUCUUGGAUUCGCGAAGGAUCCAGAAGUGAAGAGGAUGAUGGUAUCUGUGGCUGAGCUUGCGUUCCGAUGUUUGCAGCAGGAGAGGGAAGGUAGACCGUCGAUGGAAGAGAUAGUGGAGAUUCUGAAAGGGAUCAAGGGGGAGAACCGCGGGACGCAGCCACCGGAUGUGGUGGAUAUUGAGGUAAACGGAGAAAAUGACGUUGGAUUGUUGAGGCAUAGUGUUCCUCCGCCAGUUUCGCCGGAUACUGAUAAGUGGACUAGCAGCUCUGAUACGGCGGCGAGUUCAUUUUGAGAGAUUGUAUAAUUAGGCCUCCUCCCCUCGAUGUUAUGUAUUAUAUCGACUUCUUGUUUCUUGGGGGUCCAAAUUUGACUUCAUUAUUUAUUUAUUUAUUUACUCUUAUGUAUCAAAUGGACCUAUUAGUUUUAUGUUUUAACGGUUAGGAAGAUUUGUAUCUUUCUAUUUUACAAUGAACUCCUUCUGUACU